AUGCCCUCCCGCAAGUGCUGGAACAAAUGCGACCCAGGCACGGGCUCGCCCAUUGGCGGCGACUGGGCGAAGAACGACCCCUGGUGCUGGAUAGCUGAAAGGGGCAGUGAUUCGUAUGCCAAUUGUUUCAAGCAAUCUGACUGUCCAACCGACUUUGAGUGCGCGGAAACAUGGGGCUGCGUUGUUCCACUGUCUGGUGGGUGUGCGCCUCAGGGUGGCAAGACCGGGUUAGGCAAAACCUGCUGGAGCAGCUGCAACGAAAAAACCGGGAAGCGGACGAACGAUGAGUGGGAAAAGGGCAUGCCAUGGUGCUGGUUGCAGAAUGGCAGAUUUGCCAGCUGCAAAGAGGACGACGACUGCAGUGCUACCACUGAGUGUGUCCCGGACCAUUGGAACCACGGCGGAUGCAACACUAAGAGUAAGGCAUGGGAGCUGGAUGAAGGGAUAUGGUAA